AUGUUACAGCUUAUGAACCACACUAAGAUCAAAGGCACCGAUGGUGUUUUCCACAACCACUAUGAUGAGCGAGUCCGGCCAUUGAUAGAUGUCAUCGAUGCCCUCCGCUUAGUUGGCAUCGAUCAGGAUCUGGCCCUGCCUGCGAUAGCUGUGAUCGGAGACCAGAGCUCAGGGAAGAGCUCUGUGCUGGAGGCGCUGUCUGGAGUGGCUCUACCCAGAGGCAGCGGUAUCGUGACGAGAUGUCCACUGGAACUGAAGUUGAGGACGCUGAAGCCGGGAGAGAAAUGGACUGCUAUCAUCAAAUACAGCGGGACAGAGAUCAAGUUUGAUGACCCUUCCCUGGUUGAGGAACGUGUCAGGGAUGCCCAGGAUGAGUUGGCGGGAGAUGGCGUUGGGAUCAGCAGCUCUCUGAUCCAUCUGGAGAUCAUGUCUCCUGAUGUGUCUGAUCUCACUCUCAUUGACUUGCCCGGGAUCACCAGAGUCCCAGUGCCUGGACAACCAGACGACAUCUCAGACCAGAUUAAAAAGCUCAUAUUGCACUUUAUUGAGAAGAGUGCAACGAUUAACCUGGUGGUGGUCCCAUGUAAUGUUGACAUAGCAACAACUGAAGCUCUCAGAAUGGCCCAGGAAGUUGAUCCAGAAGGGAAAAGAACUUUGGCCAUUCUGACAAAGCCAGACCUUGUGGAUGGUGGAACUGAACCAAACAUUUUAAAAAUUGCUCUAAACCAAGUUAUCCCGCUCAGCAAGGGAUAUAUAAUGGUGAAAUGCCGGGGUCAACAGCAAAUUCAUGACAAAAUGUCCCUGGCUGAGGCCACUCGGAUGGAGAGAGAGUUUUUCCAACGUCACAAGUAUUUUAGCUGCCUUCUAGAAGAGGGAAGAGCCACUACCCAGUUCCUUGCUACUGAACUGACCCAGGAGCUGGUGAAGCAUAUCAAGGAUUCUCUUCCAAGAUUGUCUGAUCAGGUGAAUUCAAAGCUGAGCGAUACCAAGCAACUCUUAACUAAGUUCAAGAAAGGUCCUCCACUGGAUCCUGAGGAGAAGAAGGAGUACUUUGUUGAGACCAUUAGCCGGUUUAAUGACAAGAUCAAAUGCCUGGUCUCAGGAGAAGUCAUUAACAGUGAAAACCUCUAUGUGCUCCUUCGUGCCCAGUUUGGAGAAUUUAAAAGGGUCCUUGAAAACAGCAAGAAUUCAUUUGGCCAGAGAGUGGAAGAGGUUGUUGCCGACUAUGAUGCAAAACACAGAGGAAGAGAGUUACCUGCUUUUAGCGAUUACAAAGUAUUUUUGAAGACAGCACAGGAUCUGGUGAUGGAACAACAGCCUCCAGCUCUUGAGACUUUGAAGAACAUAAAAGAUAUUGUCCAAGAUCAAUUUAAGGAAAUCUCAAAAACAUGCUUCUCAAACUAUCCUUACCUCAGACGUUUCACAAUGAAAACAAUAGAAGAUAUCCAGUCGAGACAGGAGACCACAGUGGCAGAGAGAAUCUGUGAGCAGUUUAAGAUGGAGAAGCUGGUCUUUACACAGGACAGCAUCCUCAAUGAAAGACUGGACGCUGCUGAAGAGAACUAUGCUGAUUUAGACAGCAGGAAGAACUACCCCAAGAUACUUAAAGAGUAUUACCAGAUUGUGGUGCAGCGGCUGGCAGACCAGGUCCCCAUGCUGAUCCUGCACUUCCUGCUGCAUGAGUCCAUGCGCAUCCUGUGCCUCAAGGUGCAGGGCCUCAUGGAGAUCCACAAGCUGGACGAGUAUCUGGAGGAGAGCACGGAGAGCAGCCGCCGUCGCAACGAGCUGCAUCACCGCCAGGAGCGCCUCGUCUUCGCGUACGAGAAGCUCAGUGUGUUCUUCUGAGGAGAUCAUAAGUGAGAAGCUCAGUGUGUUCUUCUGAGGAGAUCAGCAGUGAGAAGCUCAGUGUGUUCUUCUGAGGAGAUCAUAAGUGAGAAGUUCAGUCUGUUCUUCUGAGGAGAUCAGCAGUGAGAAGCUCAGUGUGUUCUUCUGAGUAGGUCAGCAGUGAGAAGCUCAGUGUGUUCUUCUGAGGAGAUCAGCAGUGAGAAGUUCAGUGUGUCCUUCUGAGGAGAUCAGCAGUGAGAAGCUCAGUCUGUUCUUCUGAAGGCGUUAGGCCAAGUUAAUCACAUUUCUCUGAUACAGUUUUGAAUUACUUUUUUUUUUUAGACUCAUGUGUCAUGGUUAUAUUAUGAAUUCAGUCACAACAAUUAUGUGCACAGUUGCCAGUACUUGGAGGAGGAAUUCCAACAGGAUCACAUAUGACCAGGCAAACUCUGUAAGGGCCCUUAAAUGUGAUAAAAAGAUGUAGGGUCUGGGAACUCACCGUAGGCAGGGCUCAAUCCGAGGGGUGGGAUAUAAACAGUUGUCUUUCAAAUUCCCUCUCCGCAAUAUAAUACUAAACGAAUUGUCUUCUUGUUUUCAAAUAGCAGGAUGUGUUACCGUCACAACUUCUGGUCGCAUGUCAGUCACCAUUAUGUUAAGCCCGCCCCCCGACUCUAUACACGCUGUGAUUGCCCGUCCGUUUCUUGGUUUCUCAGCUCCUAAGCUCAAUGGAGCGUAGCUAGACCAAAGACCAUAGACUUCAAUGGAACAGCUCUGCAUAAAGGGGGAUUUUGCCCCCCCCUCCCUCUUGCAGGAAGUUCCAGGAAGUGACUUCUCAUGAAGUAUCUUGCUCUGCCCUUAAUGAUCUUUUGCUAGACUGCCCCGCCAGCCAAAUUACAUUUGCUGCCACUAGGGGCGUCUAGAUUUCUAGGCUACUAGAGGCCUCUGGACUGGAUGACCAACUGAAGAGAAGAGCAGGGCUGCCCUCUAGUGGCUGGACUGGGUGCCUGACCAAUUGAAUGUAAGAGAAGUGCGGUGUUGCCCUCUGCUGGCUGGCUGGAGCAAGCUGUGUGUGUGUCAGCCAUUCACAUACAGUAUUGUCAGUGUGUUCAUGAACAUUGCAGGUGAAAUGAAAUGCAGGUGUGUGCUGGUUUCUAAUAGCUGUUUCACGUACAUUACAAAUGGGCAGAUUAAGGAGUCACACCUUAAAAUGGCAUAUUCAGGUAAAAUUAUGGGCCUGUUUUCCAAAUUAAGGACCACUUAAUAUAACUUUAACUAAGUGGUUUUAGUAUGUUUUCAGGGGUAAAUUAAAGCAACACUUUUCACCCUUUCACCCUUCACAUACACACUAUUUGUUUUUAAAAAAACUCUUUAGUGUUGCUUUAAGGUAGAUCUAAGUACAUCAGGUUUUGUAGGG